UCCCCAUAUAAAUAGCUUCUAGAGGAUGCAAACCCAGCAUCGGCCACUUUCCCCCGACCCACACCUGUGCAGUGUGAUAAAGGAAGGAGAAUUAGCCUGCAGCUGUGGUCCAACCAGAUAAAGCAUUUAGGCGGGAAGUCAAGUGACAAGUGAACUUGUAUGUGUGCAUGUGGUUUUAAGUGUUAGUUGCUUUUCAUAUUUUAAAAAAGUUUCUAGGCUGCCUGUGGAAGUCAGACCAAAUGGAAAGAAGGUACUGCAGCAAGAUGGACUUAGGAAAGGACCAGUCUCAUGUGAAGUUCCAUCAGACACCUGGCCCUCGUCAAGAAGAGGCCUAUGCUCCAGAGGUCGUUGGAGCUUGGUGUUUGCGAAACCGAGAGCAACUCAGAAAAAGAAAAGCUGAAGCACAAGAAAAACAAACUUCACAGUGGAUGUUUAGACAAGAGAAAAAACACAAACGGCAGAGAACAGGAAAAGGAAAUGAAGGAGGCAGAAUGAGAAAAACUACAGAACUGAAGGUGGUGCCUCAGCCACAAACAGAAAAGGAAACGAUGGAGAAAGCACAGGCCCCCACAGAGCAAGAAACUGAGCUGCUGAGGAGUGUGACUCAUGUCCUCUCUCCAGAAACUUCCCAAGAGAAGGCUGUGCUUGAGGAACACUCUUCGGACAUAUGUCAAGAAAGCAUUAUGCCUCAGGAGCAUUCUUCUGAGUACCAAACAGCUGUACCUCAAGACCAUCCUUCCAAAAUGUGCCAAGGUUUGGCUGAACCUGUAGGCCUGCAGCAAAGACUGUGCCAAGACACAGCUGUACUUCAAGACCAACCUCCUGUAACUUGCCAAGCAGCGGCUGACCCUGAAGGCCUCUCUCCUAGAAUACGCCAAGAGCCAGCUGUACUACAAGACCACCCUUCCAAAACGUACCAAGGUAUGGCUGACCCUGAAGACCUCUCUCCUAGAAUGUGCCAAGAAACAGCUGUACUUCAAGACGAUCCUUCCAAAACGUGCCAAGAUAUGGCUGACCCUGAAGACCUCUCUCCUAGAAUGUGCCAAGAAAUAGCUGUACCCAAAGCCCUUCCUUCUAAAACAUCUGAAGCCAUAACUGACCUGGAAGGAUGCUCUUCUGAAGUGUACCCCAAACCAGAUGUGCCUAAAGGUUACACUCAUGAAACAUACCAAAGCCCAGCUGAAGCAGAGGAAUACAAUUCCGAUCCAGAUCAACGAACAGCUGAGACCGAAAACUUAUUUUCUAAAACACAAGAUGAAAUAGCUAUGCCUAAAGAUCUUUCUACAAAAAUAUACCUAGACACAGCUGAACCUGAACACUUGCCUCAUAAAGCAUAUAAAGAAAUUACUGUGCCUAAAGCCCCCGCUCAUAAAACAAUCCAAGAAACACCUGGGCCUGAAGACGAUUCUCCUGAAAUAGACCAAGAAACACCUGGGCUUGAAGAAUAUUCUCCUGAAAUACACCAAGAAACACCUGGACCUGAAGACCUCUCUACUAAGACAUAUAAAAAUGGUGUGCCUAAAGAAUGCUUUCCAGAAUCUUACCAAGAAACAGGGGGGACCCAAGGCCAGGAUCCUAAAUCACACCAAGAAGAUGCCAAGAGUGUUUAUACUUUUCUUCGAGAAAUGAGAGAAAAACCCAAGCCAGAAGAACCAGAAAUGCCAGCAGUUCUGAAUGUCCCUCAAGAUGCUCACCCGGAAAGUGACAUCUAUAGCUACACUUUGUUUUGAUGAGGCUCAACCUUCAUGGUACAGGCCAAUGUAAUAUAAUCUUAAUAUUUUAUAUGUGUGAUUUUUCUCAAAAUAUCAUAGAAAAUCUCUACAAUAUUCAUUAAUAUUUUAACUUAGUCUUUUUCCAUUUCUAGAUCAUACCUGAAAGAGAGCUAACAUGGUUUUUUAGGCUCUACCACAUAACAGUAUCCUGCCAGUGUGAGUGUGUGUGCGUGUGGGGUGGGGGAGGCUGCUGGGAAAAGGCAAAGAAAGGAAGAGGGAGGGAAGACGAAUUUAUUUUUCCCCUAAGAGCACAUGCUUCUUUGAUUAAUUCUUACCUGUAGAUAAAUGAUUAAUUCUGAACACUUAAAAUUUUUGGAAGUAUAUUGUUUUCUUAUAAACUUUUGUUUCAUUGUUAAUGUAAAAAUGGCAUCAAAAUUUUCUUCAGGCUUUAACUGGCUAUUUUAGUUAAUUUUAGCAAUUCUUAUCAUUCUGGGGCUCCUUCAAAAAUAGCCUGGAGAAAUGAGUCUGGUGUCCUUUUGUGUUUGAAUUUGGGGUUUUGUAUCUUUACUUUUUAAAACAUUGUAUUCGUACAAAAUGGAACUUAAAUAAUUAUAUGUUUAACUGUGUGGGAGGCAUCAUGUCAAGCACGAUGGGGGUCAGAAGACCAAAAAAAACACGAAGUCCCUGUCCACCAAGAGUUGUCUAGUCUCAUGGGGAAUAAAAUGGAAAACAAUUAUUUAAAAAACAGUAAAUGCUAGUGCCACUUGAAUUGUAGAAAUAAUGGAGGGAAAACUCACUUUUUGCUGGAGUGAUGUGAGUAGAGCCUGGAAAAGAAGGGAGGAUUUAUAUUGGUGGGGAUAAGCAGCACUGCGGUGUGUGACAAGGAGGGCAAGCUCAAGGCAAGUUCAAGAGAACAGCAGGCCAAUUACCUAGUCUGUGCAGGGACCACAUGGAAUGCUAGGCCAGCACACAACAAACCUGGUAUUACUAGACAGGUUGUAGAGAAUUUUGCAUUCCUAACUAACCAGUACAUCACUAAGACAUUAGGUAAUGGGGAACUAAGUUAGGCCUUUGAAUAAUAGAGGCAGGUUUUAGUAUUUUAGGAAUAUUUAUCUGGUGAUGAUGAUCAGGAUGAAUCGGAAAUGACAAGAGACUGGGGACGGGAAUGGGAACUAUUCUGGGUGAGAUGUCUGAAAAUCCCCUCUUGUAUUUUUUGUGGGGGGGAGGAAUCUUUGUUUUCAUUUUUCCUUCUGUUAUUACAGAGGAUCAAAGUAAAGGAAACUUGCAAAUGUUCAUUCGGCAAAGGCACAACUGCACAUGCUCUCUGCACAGGCAUUGUGCUGGGUAAGAGGCCACAGUCAAGGCCGAGAGGGACCCCAUCCCGAGACACUUGUGGGUUCUCAACCCCACAUUAGAACCACCAGGGAAGAUUUCCAAAAUAUGAUGCUCAGACCCUCUCCCCACCCCCUUACCCCCCACUCCCCUGUCAUUGGAGUCAAUUGCCUAGAGGGAGGUCCAGGCAGAGGUAUAUUUGUUUUCACUUAUUUUUGCUUUAAAUAAACCUAUUUGGAGGGAAUAAUUUUAGAAUUAUUGACAAGUUGCAAAGAGAGCAGAGAGGUCCUAUUGACCUUUCACCCCAUUUACCUUAAUGGGACAUCUCAUGUAACCACAAUCCAUUUGUCAAAAUGAAGUCAUUAAGAUUGUUCCAUUUCCAUUAACUAAAUACAGACUUUAGUUGGAUUGCACUUGUUUUUACACUAGUUUCCUUUUUCUGCUCCAGGAUCCCACAUUGCUUGUAGGGUGUUUUUAUUUUAAAAGCCACCCAGGUCAGAUGAGUAGAAAACUGGGGACAAAAAAGUAAAUGAAUAAUAGGGGGGAUGGAAUGU